CAUACGAAACACUAUCAGAUGAGAAAAGAAGGCUGGAGUAUGACCAAUCAGGAUACAAUACAUUCAGCAAUGAAGACGUGAACAGAGGAGGAGAGCAGCAUUUUCAUCAUUCCUUUGAUUUUAACUUCGACGACAUGUUCAGAAACUUUGACAUCUAUAGCCAAAACAGGCAAGCUCGUUCAAAAAGGCACUUUGACGAGCACUUCAGGGCCCACCAGCAAGCACUCAACCGCCAUAAGAGACACUCCCAGGGUACUUUUGGUGCCGGAGUCUUUGAGGACAUGUUUGAAGACAUGGAGAAGAUGUUUACAUUUGACCGACACAUAAAAAAGACAGAGAGCAGGUUUCAGGGCACAGCCAAACAGCACUGCAGAACGGUGACCCAGCGAAGAGGAAACAUGGUCACCACGUACACGGAUUGCACCUCAUCCUCCUGAACAUCAGAGUGGGCCACAGAUCGGACCAUCACGCUUUUAUUUUAUGCCUGAUUUAGAUGGAGUUGUUAAUUUGCUGCUGUGAUAAGUGGGGUUUGAUUUUACAUGUGACUGAUCUCUUAUUUAUGAUGAUAAUAGGUGUGUUUGGAGUUUUUAUUGGUUUGAUUGAGAUUUACAAUUGACACUAUGUUGGAUAGUGGCCUCUUAAAGGAAUAGUACACCCCAAAAUGAAAAUUUGCUGAAAAUGUACUCAC